UAGAAGAAAAAAAAAAACACUUGACAAAUGACUAUUUUUUUUCUUAAUGAAAAUUGGAGUUGCAUAGAUUCUUCAAUAGGAUGACAGUAGACGACGAAAGAUCGAUUUACAUUGGAGGGAUCCCCUACGAUGCUUCCGAUGAGUCUAUUCGCCGAGUAGUCGAUGUCUAUGGCGCUGUCGACGCUGUUAAGAUUGUUAAUGAUCGUGGUACAAGAGGAAAAUGCUAUGCUUUUGUUACUUUCACAAAUCCUAGGUCAGUCAUUGAUGCCAUUAAAUGCAUGGAUGGCAAGACUAUUGAUGGACGAGUUGUCAGAGUAAAUGGUGUAAGAACCAGAGGUGGAAGAACAAAUUUUGGUAGAGACAGUUUCCUACAGAAUUUUGAGAGUGGCAGGGAAUGGGGUAGAGGUCGGGUAAGAGAUCGAGAUAGAGAUAAAGAAAGGGAUUAUGAUCGUGAUAGAAGGCAGUACCAUGAUAGAAGUUCGAGAGAGCGUGAUCGGUCUCAAGAUUAUGAUUUGCAAAGAGAAAGAGAUCAUGAUUUUGAACGAGCAAAGGGUAGUUUCUUGGACCGAGAUCGAGUUCAAGAUAGAGACCUGGUAGAUAAUGACAGAGAGGAUUGGGAGAAAGAUCGUGAUUUCAACUUUUAUAGGAAAAGGGAUAUUGAUAGAGCCAAUGGCCAUGAUACAUUUGUGGAAAUAGAUGCUUUUUUGAAAUUGAAUGGGUCAACUGAAGCUGAUCGACACAGUAAAGAAUUUGUAAGUGAUAUAAAUGAUGACCAACUAGAAGAACAACUGUAUAGAUCCAGUCAAAGGCUUGAAGAACUAAACAAAGAGAUUCUGCAGUUAGAAGAUAACUUAGAAGAGAAUGAAAAAUCUGUUUUGUACUUGCAGCAAAAGUCUAAGAAAUUGGAAGAUGCGUUGAUUAAUGUAAAGAAAACCUCAUCAUACAAUAAGACACAGUUGACCAAGCUUCACAAAUGUUUUCUGCUAGUACAAGAUUAUACUGAAAGACUUAAAACCAGGGAAAAACAACUUCAGCAGUCUCUUGUUGAUGAGGUGAAGACAGGAGGCCUAUGUGCUGGAAUCACAGCGAAUGGAAAUGCCUGAGUCAUGCUCAGUUUACAAGGCUUGUAAUUUGAAACAGCAUUUCAUUUUUUGGUUUUCUUGGGGCAUCCAUCACAUUUGCUGCGGUGCUUAGUAGUUGUAUCUUCUGAUAUAUAGUAGGUAUAUAUAUAUACUUAAACAUGAGAGUUUAUAAGUGUUAGAUUUAUUAAACAAAGUGGAAGCUUUUUGAAAUGUACAAGGAAGUUGUUUUUCUCGCCAGUGGUUUAUUUGAAACCUUUUUUGGAUA